UUAACAUUUUAUGAAACAUUUAAAGUGUAAAAUAAUAUCUUUUCAUUAUGUGAACUGUGAAAAUUCAUUGCAGUUAACUUUGAACAAGUCUUAAGCCAGAGUUUUUAUGCUUCCAUUUUGGCCUCUCCAAGCACUGGUACCGCAAUUGCAGGAAUAGAUGCGCAACAAGACCCAAACGGUGGCUGGUUUGACAGUUGUGAAGACCGCUGCCAGGCGUGACUACAUCACCAUUUCCGGUUCCUCUGUUUAAAACGUACUUGAAUUCAGGUUGUAUAUCAAAGUUUCGCAGUCUGACCUAGUAUUUAGUAUGUGACACUGAGAAAAAAGAGAGCAUCAAUGUCGAAGCAGAGAAAUAUGAUUGCAGCUCUUCUCCUGUUGUGUAUUGUCGGGGUUCUCUGCUCGGAUUUCCAGUCAGCACGGAAUCAGCCCUGUGUACCCAGUCAUGAGGUGGCAUGUUUUGUGCCAGCUGAUUAUCUGAAUGCAUCUGGUCCAGUCAGCAUAGAAGUGUGUGCUGGUAAGAAAGUAAUCAUCUCCCUGGAGGGCUUCAAUGGAUACCCUGUCUGUCACUGGAUCAGAGAAGAAGACCCACUAAUGACAAUAAAAAGCAGUGACUCGAUGAUCCUACCAUCACUUUCUGAGACAGAUUCUGGGGAGUACACGCUGAGCUGUGAAACUAGCAGUGGGACCAGAUCCUCAGUGACUGUGUCUUUUCAUUUAGUCAUGGAACGUCCCACAAAACCACAACUGAUGCUGGAGCGUGUAGAUAUCCGAAAGAUGUCCCCUUAUUUCACAUGCAUCUCUGAGGGCUGCCCAAAGCCCACAAUUAAAUGGUCUGGAAAUAAUGAUGGGAUAAAUGUUCCUACAAACAAUGGAAGGGCAGAGAGCACAAUAUCAAGUACCGGAUAUUUUGCAAGAGGAGUGAUGUGUUGUGCUGGUAAUACUGAAGACCAAGAAUGCUCCCAACUGUAUGACUAUGAUCUAGAGAGUGACUUAAUGGAAAAUGAUGAGGUUUCUAAUGUAACUGUGAGCCCUGGUCAGUCUUUACUGCUUCGCUCCCGAAUACAACAGUAUGGACCUCCGUCACCUGUGUGGGAGAAAGGUGGCAAAAUACUGGAUGCCAGCACGUUAGCAUGCUCCUCUAAAGUCGAGAAGAAGAUCUGCAUUAAAAAUGACUUACAUUUUCAAAGUCUAAUGACGUACCUGUUCAUCAAAUCAGUUAGUGUGAAGGACAGUGGCACAUAUACCUGCAGGAGUCCAAAAAACAAAACUAAGUCUGUUUACAUUCAUGUCCAGGCUGAAGGUUUCCUCUCUGUCCAGUUGGAUAAGAGCAAAGUUUUACCUUCUCAGAAUGCAUCUACCUCCUGUUUGCAAGCCAGUGUCUCCUACCACCCUGUUCUCCAGCACUGUUCCUGGGAGGCUCCUGAUCAAACUAUGACUAAAUGCAUCAAAGACAAAUGGGUAACAAAACACAGGACUGUGAAGCUAUGUGAUCCACUCAAAUCAGGAGAUUACAAGUUACACUUGGAGGCUGGAGGGCAAAAAGAAACAAUGACUAUAUCAUUGUGUGUUGCUGACACACCAAAGUUCCUUUUUCAGGUUAACAAAACUGAUAAUACCCUCACCGUUGAGACUGUGAGUCUUGUGCCAGCAAAUUAUACCUGGAUGUUUUGUUCUUCACCCAAUGGCAGUUGUGAAACUGAUUCUUCCUGGAACGAGAUCCCAGACACCUUUCAAACAGACCGUGAUGUCUUCUGUAACAAAACAAUCAAGAGCUCACUGAGAAGAGAACAAGCAAGUGGACACCUUUUAAGGUUUUGCCUUACAAACUCAGUAGGCUCCUGGUGUCACUACUCAAUAUACCACCCACCGUCACACCAGGCCUCCAGAGAAACUGUUCUUUAUACAUCUCUGUUUUCAGGUGCUCAAUAUACUGCUAAUGACAGCUUGAUGGUGCUGAAAGUAAGCAGUUUCCUCCUGCUUCUGGCUUUGGCAGUAGUCACUGUGGUGCUCAUUUACUUUGUCAAAAAGAAGAAACCCCAGUAUGAGCCCCAGCUUCAGAUCAUCCAAAUGGUUGGACCCAAUGACAAUGAUUACAUCUACAUCAACUUCAACGACUUUGAAUACGACCUGAAAUGGGAGUUUCCCAGGGAGAACCUGGAACUGGGUGAAGAACUUGGAUCUGGGGCUUUUGGCAUGGUGGUCCAAGCUAUAGCCUAUGGCAUCAGCCAGCCUGGCGUUUCCCAGCAGGUGGCUGUCAAGAUGCUUAAAGAGAAACACCAGACAGUGGAGAAGGAGGCACUGAUGUCAGAGCUCAAGAUGCUGACUCAUAUCGGUCACCACACCAACAUUGUUAACUUGCUUGGGGCAUGCACAGACUCAGGACCCGUAUACCUGAUUUUCCAGUACUGCUGUUAUGGAGACCUGCUGAACUACCUUAAGGUUAACAGUGAGCGCUACCACAAGUCUGUGACGGAUGCUUUCAACAAGGACCGCUUCAGCAGCCUUUACCACAACCUGCAGCCUAAGAGUAGCAAUAGUGAGCUUCAAACAACAGUGGACAAUUAUGUGCCCAUGUAUCGUGCCACCACCAGGGGGCAGGAGGACAUCAACCUCCUCGCCCUCAACUCCGGUAACAUGGACGGUUAUGAAGAGAUCUAUGAAAACCGAGAUGAUCAGGCAGAUGACCUGCAAGCCCUGACCUUUGAUGACCUGCUUAGCUUUGCCUUCCAAGUGGCCAAGGGCAUGGAGUUCCUCUCCUCCAAGAAUUGUAUCCACCGAGACCUGGCAGCUCGAAAUGUGUUAGUGACAAAGGGCAGACUGGUGAAAAUUGGUGACUUUGGGCUGGCCCGGGACAUCGACAACGACUGCAACUACGUUGUGAGAGGAAAUGUGCGUUUACCAGUGAAGUGGAUGGCACCAGAGAGCAUCUUUCAAGGGAUGUACACCAUGAAGAGUGACAUCUGGGCUUAUGGCAUUCUGCUUUGGGAGAUCUUCUCACUUGGUGUCACUCCGUAUCCCGGGAUGAAGGUGGAUCACACGUUCUAUUCGAUGAUUGAGAGAGGAUUUAAGAUGGAGUGUCCAUACUAUGCCAAUGAGUCUGUGUAUGGGAUGAUGUGUAAGUGCUGGGCCCUGGAUCCCUGCAGCCGCCCUUCUUUCUCCAAACUAGUGUCCUUUAUGUGUGACCAGCUGACAGAAAGAGAGGAGAAGCUCUACCACAACAUGCUCGACCAGACCUCCAGCGACUAUCAGAAUGCACCAGCCAUUUUGGUAAUUUCCGCCUUGACAAAACAGGAUGAGAACAAGACACAGUUAGCCAAUGACUACUGUUUAACCCAUGCAACUGAAGUGAGCAAAGCAGAAAUGUCUGACUCAGACACUGUUACCGAGGAGAAACUUCUGAAACCUUCUGAUAGGGAGUGAUCACCUAUCAUUGAAUGCAUGUUGAUGUUCAAACCAUUUUAUCUGUAUUUGAAAACAGUUUAUAAAACAUUCCACUCAUAAUAAUCUCAAGAGUUACAGUGGAAUGCACUUGUUUUAUAUUUUAAUAAAAUAUUGUCAGCAUUUUUAGAAUUAUGGGUGGGUUUAAAUAAUAAAAUAUGUAACAUGUAUUUAACAUAGUUUCACAUAAUGUUAUACAUAACAGAACAUUAUGUAUAUGGCUAGCUACUAUAUGGCAGCAACCCUUUGCCGUAAAAUAUUGUUAAAUAUUGUGAUGUUAUGGAUUUUGUUUUGUUCUUGUUCUUCUAUCAGCAGCUAUAACAAGCAGUUUAAAGCCCAAUUUUGUAUACAUUUAUAUAUUUUGUUAACCCAGCUUUUAUAUUUUUUUACAUUGUUUUGACAAGUUUAAGCAUUAUACCUGCAAUAAAAUGUACUUUACAUUUUAAAUGAAACACUUGUGAUUGUAAUGUAUGUAGGUCAGUCGUUUUCAAAUGAUUUGGCUUUUUGGCCUGUGUCCCCUUUAAAUGAAGCCAUGUGUAUGUGUGACCCCUCAUUAUGUCUCAACUGUCAACAACUCAUCCAAAGACUGAUUUUCCCUUCUCCAGAUUGUUUUAUUUGAGUAGUUUCUACGGGCUUUAAGAGAAAUAACUAUCCAGUAUUUCACAAUAAAAGGGCAAAGAUUAAAGAAAUGUGUUAAUUCUAAAUUUCUAGAAACUUUUUUUUUUUAAACCAAUCCACUCAAUCCUCUUGGUGGGGGACACAAGAUGCGAGUUCCAGUUGCUGCCUUUAAGCGCUAGGUGACGCCAGAGAUCAACGUUUGCACUUUGAAGAAGUCAACCUGUAACGAACAUUUGACAGUUGAGCAUUUGCUUGUAAACUCGCAAGUAAACUCCUUGUCUCAGCAUCAGAUGAUUGGCAGUUGAUCUGA